CAUCUACCUCGUUUGACAGCCCCCUGUGCAGCAGUGUAAAGAUGGCGUUGAGGGGAGUCUGUUGUGUGUUGUUGACCUGUCUAUUCUACACAUCCUCUGCUGACAAAGAUUUCUUCACUUCCAUCGGUCAGAUGACCGAUCUGCUGUACACAGAGAAGGACCUGGUCACCUCUCUAAAGGAUUACAUCAGAGCUGAGGAGGACAAACUAGAGCAGGUCAAAAAGUGGGCUGAGAAGCUGGAUGUGUUGUCGGCCACAGCCACUCAGGACCCAGAAGGCUUCCUGGGCCACCCGGUCAACGCCUUCAAGCUGAUGAAGAGGCUUAACACAGAGUGGGGAGAGCUGGAGAGCCUGGUUCUCAAGGACAUGUCUGAUGGGUUCAUCUCUAACCUGACCAUCCAGAGACAGUACUUCCCCAAUGAUGACGACCAGACGGGGGCAGCCAAGGCCCUGAUGAGGCUUCAGGACACCUACCGGCUGGACACGCACACCAUAUCCUCAGGAGAGCUUCCUGGAACCAAUAAGGAUGUCGCUAUGAACCCUAUGACAGUGGAGGACUGCUUUGAGCUGGGGAAGAUCGCCUACUCUGAUGCCGACUACUACCACACAGAGCUGUGGAUGGAGCAGGCCCUGAAACAGCUGGACGGGGGAGAGGAGUCCAGCGUGGACAUGGUAACCAUCCUGGACUACCUCAGCUACUCCAUCUACCAGCAGGGGGAGCUAGAGAGAGCCUUGGACUACACCAAGAGACUACUCAAAUUGGACUCUGCCCACCAGCGAGCCAACGGCAACCUGAAGUACUUUGAGUACCAGCUGGCCAAGCAGAACAAGGUGGAGGCGGAGGAGGGCCAGAAGGAAAAGGAGAAGAGAGAGAGGGAGAAGAGAGAGGCAUCUGACAAGAAGGGACGACCUGCAGACUACCUGCCUGAGAGGAGGAAAUAUGAACAGCUGUGUCGCGGCGAAGGCAUCAAGAUGACCCCUCGUCGCCAGAGUCGUAUGUUCUGUCGUUACUCUGACAACAACCACCACCCCCUGUACGUGCUGGGUCCUGUCAAGCAGGAGGACGAGUGGGACCGCCCACGCAUCAUCCGUUACCAUGACAUCCUCUCCAAUAGCGAGAUCGAGAAGGUUAAAGAGCUGGCCAAACCCAGGCUGCGCCGGGCCACCAUCUCCAACCCCAUUACUGGUGUGCUGGAGACCGCCCACUAUCGCAUCAGCAAGAGUGCAUGGCUAACCGCCUACGAAGAUCCAGUAGUGGACAAGAUAAACCAGCGCAUUGAGGACAUCACCGGCUUGAAUGUCAAGACUGCAGAGGAGCUACAGGUGGCAAAUUACGGCGUGGGCGGGCAAUACGAGCCCCACUUUGACUUUGGACGGAAAGAUGAACCGGAUGCAUUUAAGGAGCUGGGCACCGGGAACCGCAUCGCCACCUGGCUCAUUUACAUGAGCGACGUACCUUCAGGGGGAGCCACUGUCUUUACUGAUGUGGGAGCUGCAGUGUUGCCCAAAAAGGGAAGUGCAGUGUUCUGGUAUAACCUGUUUGCCAGUGGAGAGGGUGACUACAGCACGCGGCACGCAGCCUGCCCUGUCCUAGUGGGCAACAAGUGGGUGUCUAACAAGUGGAUGCACGAGCGAGGCCAGGAGUUCAGAAGGCGUUGCACUCUGAACGAGUCAGAAUGAUCCAACGGAAUACGCUUUUCUCCUCUCAUCUUUCUUCCUGGACCCUCCUGACUCUCGGCUCUGUGGGCUGUGAAGUGCCCUCUGACCUCUCGUCCUCCUCUCCAAAACUCAGUGUUCACUGAGGCUCUGGCUGCUCAUGUGAUGUCACAUGUAUUUGUAGUUGAAGUGUGUGUGUGAGUGGUUCACCAGUGGGUCCGAAGCGCUUCGCUCCCAGUCUGUGCCUUCCGUCAUGGGUUUUGCACACUCCGACUGCACAGCUGUCUUAACCUGAGGAACUUUUUUUAUUUCAUUCUCACCCUUAACAGGAACUUUGAUACAAGAUAUUAAGUUCAUUAGAGCAAGCAACACAGCUGCUUAUUCCGUUCAACUUCCUAAACAUUGCUUUGGUGUGCCCUACUCUUUUACUCUACCUGAAACACUCCUUUUAACCAUCAUGCCAAUCCCUUCCUCCACUCCUUUUAACCAUCAUGCCAAUCCCUUCCUCCACUCCUUUUAACCAUCACGCCAAUCCCUUCCUCCACUCCUUUUAACCAUCACUCCAAUCCCUUCCUCCACUCCUUUUAACCAUCACUCCAAUCCCU